ACCUACCGGAAGUUACUUGACCUUUCCGGUUUCUUCGGCAGUGGGCGUCGUUCUUCCCCCAGCCAGGUGAUAGCGAUUGAAGACCAAGGGAGUCUAGACGGCGGCAGGCGGGCAGUUUUGUCAUGCCCCGUUAUUACGAGGACAAGCCACAGGGCGGCGCGUGCGCGGGUUUGAAGGAGGACCUGGGGGCAUGCUUGCUGCAGUCCGACUGUGUGCUGCAGGAAGGAAAAUCCCCUCGGGAGUGCUUGAAGGAAGGAUACUGCAAAGCUCUGAAAUACUCAUUUUUUGAAUGUAAAAGAUCAAUGUUGGAUGCCAGAUCAAGAUUCAGAGGAAGAAAAGGAUAUUGAUAUCAUUUUGCUGAGGCAAGAUGAAAACCAACAAAGGAUUCUCUUUUGUCAUUAACACAGAAAAGCCAAUAACUUUUGCUCUGUCCAGCUGGUUGGAUUCGUUUUUUCCAUAUAACAGUGGGGGGAAAACAGAUGAAUUCUAUUCUUUCAAUCUGUGUAAGGGAAAUGUUUCUUCUGCUCUCCAUUAUUUUUAGAGGAUCAAGUUGAGCGAUGUUGAGGACUGUCCUAAAGCACAAGGAAUGGGAAAGCUGUUUUCACACUUGACUCUUUAAUCCAGUUACAAUGAUGUGACUCACAGUCCAUCAUGUGAAGCCUCUCCAGAGGAGGUUUAUUGGAAGAGUUUAGGAUAAAACUUUUUUUACUCAUUUGGUCCUAUUUGGUUCUGAAAUAAAUCAUUUGAUUCCUCGGA